AAAGAUGAAGCAAUGUACACAGGGCAACAAUCUCAUGUUGGCCGCAAGAAAUCGGUCGUAUUUAAAUUUCUGGGUGUGAAGGAUGAAGACCUUGAGAAUUUUACCAUAUUUCGCUAAGAAAGCCAACGAGGUAGCGAUCAGAAAACGACAAGAAUCGGUCAAUGGUGGUGACCCUUUUGUGGAACUCCCAUGGGUCAAUGAUGGAUCUCAACAUAAUGGAUGUUAAUGGCAGCCUUACCCUGUUUCAUUACUCCAAGAAGGCCCCUGAGAAAGCCAUUAGGAAACCGAAACAAUGUUCCUUCCAUUCCCAUUGCUCUGUUCCACCAUUCCGAUUGGAUUUUUAUGUGUCCAAGAAACAGAGGUCUAAUCGAGGGAAAGCCAUGAUGUGUACUAACACCAUUGAUUUGCUUACAGAGGAGGAAGCAAGGAAGCUGGAUGGAGAAGAAGGCUUGAAUGUUGUCCUGAUAGAACCUUGUCUGGAGAAAUCUAGAAUCCACUUGACCAAGUGGAGUAUGGGAAAUUCCAAAGUGUUUGUGUUCAAUGAGCAGUGGAAUUCAGUGGUGGAGGGAAACAAGACACUGAUGAAGAAGAAUGCAGUAAUGCAGAUUUGCUAGUUCCGGACUGUACCUGAAUCAAAGCUCUGUUUUGCA